GCCUCAAAUCUCAGCUCGAUUUGAAAUUCGAGCUCGAGCCGAGCCAGCUCGAAUCGAGUUCGAGCCGAGCUCGAGCUGGGUCUAGCUCGGCUCGGCUUGGCUCGUUUACAGCCCUAAUUCGGUGUGUGGUUAGCUUAGUUGUUGAAAAAGAUUGGCCUUUAUAUCAACUAGACAUUAAUAAUGCCUUUUUGUAUGGAGAUUUGAAUGAAGAGGUCUAUAUGAGUUUGCCAGAAGGGUAUUUUUCACAAAAUGAAUCCAAAAUGCGUAAAUUAACUAAAUCUUUGUAUGGAUUGAAGCAAGCUCCUAGAAUGUGGAAUGAAAAACUAGUAGGUGUGUUGCUUGAGCUAGGUUUCAAUCAAAGCAAGAGUGACUAUUCUUUGUUUGUUAAAUCCAUAAACUCUGCUCUUAUCAUAUUGUUAGUAUAUGUCGAUGACAUUAUCGUGACAGGUAAUGAUGCAAAUGAGAUUAACAAUGUAAAAGAAUUGUUAAAAUCGAAGUUUAUGAUUAAGGAUCUUGGGUUGCUAAAAUACUUUAUUGGCAUUGAAGUCAUUAGAUCACAAUUUGGUAUAUGUUUAUCUCAAAGAAAGUAUUGUAUGGAAUUAUUGACUGAGUUUGGUCUUAGUGGUUGCAAGCCCGUUAACACACCUAUAGGUCAACAUUUUGCGGUUAUGAACUUUUGCAAAAAGGAUGAAAGUGUCUUAACAAAUAUAACUGGCUAUCAAAGAUUGGUUGGUAAACUUAUUUACUUGUAUCACACUCGUCCUGAUAUAUCACACUCUGUGCAAUUCUUAAGUCAAUUCAUGCAUAAACCCACUAACUCCCACAUGCAACUAGCUCUGCGUGUGCUUCGGUAUCUUAAAAGGUCCCCAGGUAAGGGCAUUCUAUUGAGCAAAGGUACUUCUUUCCAUCUUACUGCUUUUGCCGACUCUGAUUGGGGUAAGUGUUUAGAUUCUAGAAGGUCAGUUACUGGAUUCUGUAUCUUUUUGGGUAAUUCCUUAGUCUCCUGGAAAAGCAAGAAACAUGGGACUGUUUCUAGAUCCUCUGCAGAAGCCGAGUACAGGGCUAUGUGUGCUACUACUUGUGAGAUCAUGUGGUUGCUAAACAUCCUCAAAGAAUUGAAAGUCCCAAUCAACUUACCCAUAGAACUUUUCUGUGACAAUACUGCUGCUAUUUCUAUAGCAGCUAACCCUGUGUUUCAUGAUAGAACUAAACAUUUUGAAAUUGAUUUAUUUUUUCUUCGUGAAAAGAUUUCUGCUCGCAUAAUCAAAACUGUCGCUACUGAAUCUAACAAACAAUUAGCAGAUGUCUUCACUAAAGGUCUCUUGGCAAACCAACAUGACAUGAUGUGUAGUUUGUUAAAGAUGCAUGAUAUGUUUGGUCAUUGAAUUGAGGGGGGGGGGGUGUUAAAAGUAUUAUCUA